AUUUGCACAGUUUACAACGAAAUUGCACGUCCUCAGUUCCAAUUGACGAUGGACAGUACGAUCAAGAGGAGACGAGCACGUAAGAGCUGUCUCGUGUGUCGAGAGAAGAAGACAAGAUGCGAUCAGCAGAAGCCGAUAUGUUCUAUGUGUAAGAGGAGGAAGUAUCCAGGAAAAUGUGUUUAUAAAGAGGAUAUAGAGGUGGAUGAGACAGUGCAACAAGACCAGGAGAACUCGAAAGCUGACCAUGAUUCUUGGUCGGUGUUGCUUAAAAGGGUGCAGUUACUGGAGAACACGCUCAAAGAGCAACAGGGCAAACAUCAUCAACACCAUGGAUUCACACCAAGCUGUGGCUCAAAUAUCCACGACCUUCUCUCCGAGGACACCGACUGUCACACUUUGAACUUCAACAAUGAUGAGUUGCCUGGUACAACCUCCACGUUCACGGGUCCCCUGUCGUGGGUUUCUCUCGUGAGAAAGGACAGAUACCUCAGCUCCUUCACGUUGACGUUACAGAAGCAUCGAAGAGACCACGAUUCACAGAUACAGAACGAUCCCACAUGGAUCGAGCUCUCAAAGGCGUAUGCAAAGCACUUUGAUUAUGAAACUGCGCCUUUGAAGGAUGUGAAGCAGUCAUCCAUUGUGGAAACUGUGACUGAUCUCAUGAAGGAUAAAAGACUGGUAUGGCUCCUUGUGGAUAAGUUCUUUGACUCAGACUUUGCCCAAGUACUGCCAGUGCUCCUAAGAGAACAGUUCAUUGAGCAGGUGGAGUCGCUCAUGGGAGGGAGGAGCGAAGAAGACUCCAAAAUCAACUUCACUAGGAGAGAUCAAUGUCCAAUAGCUGGAUUACUACUACUGGUGAUGAGAAUGGCGUCGUUAUCAGUUUACAAUAUGAAACCAUUGACCUCCAUGGCAAUGUCAGAGGAUGAUAACUACAUCUUCUUGAACCCAGUCACCCGUUCAGCAGUGGAGGCUGCGGACCGGUGUAUCCAGGAGUCUAAGAAGCUGCUCCAGGUUUCCCUACCGUUCUUCCAGCUGUCUUUACUCAAGAGGUACUACGAACUGAUAGCACCUGAAGAUUAUGACUGUAUGCGAGUGACUCCCCCAGGGAAGUUUGGCGAACUUUUACACUACGCCAUACAGUGUUCCUUGAACAGAGAUCCCAGCAAAGCUGAUAAUGGGCUGAACAUAUCGGAUAACUUUGCAAGAAGACUGUGGUUUAUGGUUCUACAGCUCGAUAUAAACCAUCUCAUGUUGGUUGGUGGACCAUCUCUUCUAGACGAGAAGAUGUAUGAUACAGAGCUCCCUCGUUUGAAUGAAUGUGAAUCACCAACAGAAUUCAUCAUGGAUAAGAACAUCGUUGACUUUGGUGCUUUAGCUGAACAAGCACACAAAGUAUUGACGGAUAUAUUGAGGGUGAGAGAUCCACCAACUGUGCGUGAGAUCAAGACGAAGCUCCAGCCAAUACAGGAAAAAGUUGAUCAGUUCUCAAGUGUUGAAGACAUCAUCAGUCGGCCAUCAAUAACGAUGCUUGAUAGAAUGACAAAACUCAAGCAAAUGUUCAUCCUGGUCAACUCAAUAUGUGUUCUCAUGAUGAUUCACUAUCAUCUUUUCCUAUACUACUGCAAACAUAACGACCGUGAAAGCGCACUCGAUCACUACAUCAAGGUGUUGAAGAUGACAUCACGUCUGUACCCUACAAUUCUCUUUUUUGACCAAAACAACUCGAUCUAUGACAUGUCGGUCCAUUUUGGUUGUGCAGUGCUCUUUGUUCCUAAACUAGAGAUGUUCUUACACAAGACUAUGCAUAUCUUGUGCAGCAUCGUUGCACGUAUCAAGACCUUCAAGCUGAUCAGCUCUGGACCUAAUGUGAGGAAAAUGGCUGUUAUGGACAAGAUCGUAAUAUUGGUGUUGGUAUCCCUAACGAACAUUCUCAAGGCCUUUGAAGUGAUGUCCUCCACUCAUCUUCACGCUUGGAUUGUGAGCAGAGUUGCAUCAUUUGCAGCUAAGAGAUUAUACACACUCGAACCAGGUUAUUCCAUGGUCCCCACUGAGAUAGAUUUGGAUAUAAUACGACAAUUCAAUAGGUCUGGUGAUGACGAUGAAAUAUUCUUCCACUUUACAGAGUGUGAUUUAGAGCGUAUUUAUCAAACGUUAUUACCCUUCAGUGAGACGGAUAACAAGAUUUCAUCAACAGGUCUGAAGAUCAUGCCGGAUACCUCAGGUGAAAGUUCAAGAUGGUUAAUGGAAACAGUCAGAGAGCUGGCUGAAAAGAGGCCGCAAGCAGAGCCAAAUAGCAUUCAUACAUCGGUAACUAUGAGCCAAAAUGAGAAAUUGGGCUCUACAGCUGCAACUGUUAGAAGUCCAAUUGCAACAACUACGAGAUCACCUACAGCUGCAGACAACCCCUUAUACGAGACUAACUUCGCAAUGACAGAUUUCACCAGUGAUGAACUGGAGACUUAUUUCCUCACACAUACUUUUGGAUAGAUACGAUACUAUGUGAACUUGCGUCUCCUUCUGUUCUCGUGUAUAUUGUCCAAAGUAAACUCCACUGCACACCUGGUCCACAGGAUCGGAAGCACUGGCCAUACGCUCUUCUCUCCAACCAGGAUCCAAUAUGGAAUGUUUUCCAUUGUUCUGUGAACAUCAAACACCCUACCAAAGUCUCUUACAAGGGUUCUCAGCUCUGGAACUAUUGUAACUUCACUAGAAUUCUGUGGCAUCUUUUCAUCUACUGCCAGUCUCUUUAUGAAGCUGAACAGUAAUCCUGUUCUAUCAAGAAGUUCAAAGCGAUGCUGUAAUUCGAGGCCAAAUAGCCUUUGCAUCAUUCUGAUGGGCUUCCAUCCAUUUUGAUGUUUUAUAUCAUUGACAAUUAACGGAGCAAGGUAUGGUCUUGCUAAAGAAACGAUAAAGUUAUUCACAUUGAAC